AUGCAUAUUCUUUCCGAGCCAAAUGUAUCGCACAUCUUCCGCAGCUUGACACAGAAGCAAUGCCACGACUUUAUCAGCAUCCUAGGCUCCGCACUAGUGGGGUACAGCGCCGAAUCCAAGCCAACAGUCCCAGAAUCAGAGAAGCUGAUCCAUCAGCCGUUGCGCACCGUCUUCACAACAAAAGCAAAUAAUUCAUGCAUUUUCAUGCCAGUCUCAGAUACAGCCACUAGCGCCGUGAAAGUAGUCACAGUCGGGAAAAGCGGUAUCCAAGGGACAAUCAACAUAUUCUUACCCGAUGGUCGACUACAGGGUCUUCUCGCCGCUGCAGAGGUAACAGCAUUCCGAACGGCCCUUGCAUCAAUGACCUUAUUUGUACGAUGCACUACGCUACGCAAAGAGAAUGUUCUCGUGAUGGGAUCGGGUCGUCAAGCUGAGUGGCAUGCCAGACUCGCCUUACUACUUUACCCCGAUCUGAUUCGGCGGGUGACUUUUAUUAAUCGAGGUCGUCAACGACUUGAUGAUAUGGAGCGCGAUGUGCUGGGUGAACUGCGGGAGCGGUAUCCUAGUGUUUCUUUUAGUGUAUUUGCCAAGGAAGGAGCGGAGGAUUAUGAUGGGAGACUUCUUCGUGAGCUGCAGGCUUCUGAUGCGAUCUUUAGCUGUACACCGGCGACGGAACCGAACUUCACAUUUGAGGCGCUGCAGUCUGUUCCCAAGCAGCGUUUCAUUUCUCUGAUUGGAUCUUACAAGCCGCAUAUGAAGGAGAUUGAUACUGAGACGUUGUUUUCGGGUGGAGGGAAAGUCUAUGUCGAUUCUAAAUCGGCUUGUUUGGAGGAGUCGGGCGAAUUAAUUACGGCGAAGAUGACAGAAGAUCAGUUGAUCGAGAUGGGAGAUAUGCUUGGAGAACAGAGUUUGUCAGGGGAUCUUGAGAUUCCAGAUGGUUGUAAUGUCCUCUACAAGUGCGUGGGAAUGGGAUUGAUGGAUCUUGUGGUUGGCAAGCAGCUACUUGAGAUCGGAAGCGAGCAGGGGCUGGGAACACAUGUCGAUGGUUUCUAA